AUGUUCUCAACCAGCGCUCUUUGUGUCGCACUGGUUCUUUUUUGGAAUUGUGAAUUGGCAAACUCUCUGGUGUUUAAUGAACCUCUGAGUGUUGGCAAUUUGCUACAAGCACCCGAGCAAACUGCGGAAGCAGGGAAGCGUGCAAAUCAAGGUCUAGAUAAGAGGCAACGAAAGCAGCAGGUACCUUCGACCUUCAUGAACAAUGGGUGGUAG